AUGGCGAGGUUCGUGGUGGCGGACGCGUCGGAGUACCUGGCCAUCACGGGCUGGGGCAUCGAGGACGUGAAGCUGGCGAAGAAGUCGCUGGUGUUCGUGGGUCAGCAGUGCAAGAAGUUCAGCCUUGCGCCGGUGAACUACUCGUUCGAGGUGAACGCCAUGAGCGCGGAGAAGCUGCCCUUCAUCCUCCCGGCGGUGUACACGAUCGGCCCCCCGGUGACGACCCCGGAGCACAGCGAGGCGGAGCGAAAGGAGCUGAAGGCGAAGCUGGUCCUGUACGCGAAGCUGAUCGCGCCGCUGGAGAGAUCGUCCAACCACGUUGAGGAGCUGGUGAAGGGGGUGAUCGAGGGCGAGACGCGGGUGAUGGCGGCGGAGCUGACGAUGGAGGAGAUCUUCAAGGGCACCAAGGCGUUCAAGCACAUGGUGUUCGAGAGCGUGCAGAAGGAGCUGGACCAGUUCGGGCUCCGGAUCUACAACUCCAACGUGAAGCAGCUGGUGGACGUGCCGGGGCACGAGUACUUCUCCUACCUCGGGCAGAAGACCCAGCAGGACGCGGCGAGCCAGGCGAGGGUGGACGUGGCGCAGGCGAGGAUGAAGGGGUCGGUGGGCGAAAAGGAGAGGGAGGGCCUGACGAAGCAGAACGCCGCCAAGGUGGACGCCCAGACCAAGGUGCUGUCGGUGCGGCAGCAGGGCGAGGGGCUCAAGGAGGAGGCCAAGGUGAAGUCGGAGGUGCAGGUGUUCGAGAACGCCAGGGAGGCCGACAUUGCGGCGGCGAAGGCGGACCUCGCCAUGAAGAAGGCUGAGUGGGAUAGGCGGGCCAAGUUGGCCGAGGUGGAGGCCGCUAAGGCCGUCGCCAUCCGCGAGGCUGAGCUGCAGAUGGAGGUGGAGGUCAAGAACGCGCUCUGCCAGACCGAGAAGCUCAAGGCCGAUCAGCUCAGCAAGGCCACCGUGCACUACGACACGCAGGUUCAAGAGUCGAACGCGCUCUUCUACAGCAGGCAGAAGGCGGCGGAGGCGGCGCUGUACGAGGAGACCAAGGUGGCCGAGGCGCGCAAGGCGCAGGCGGACGCGCGCUUCUUCGAGCAGAGGAUGGCGGAGGACGCGAGGCUCUACGCCAAGCAGAGGGAGGCGGAGGCGGUGGCGCUGGUGGGCAAGGCCAAGUCGGAGUACGUGGCGUCCAUGCUGGUGGCGCUCGGUGGCAACUACAACGCCGUCAGGGACUACCUCAUGAUCGACGGCGGCGUGUACGCCGAGAUGGCGCGCAUCAACGCCGGCGCCGUCAACGGCAUGCAGCCCAAGAUCAGCAUCUGGAGCAACGGCGUCGGCAAUGAUGGCGGUGGCGACGGUGGCGCGAUGGAGCAGGUGGGCGGGGUGUACAAGAUGCUGCCGCCGCUGCUGUCGACGGUUCACGAGCAGACUGGCAUGCUUCCGCCGCCGUGGAUGGGCACGCUGUCCAAGGACGGCACCGCCGCCAGCUGA